AUGGCUUUAACUUCGAGUCACGCCAAGGACUCUGCUUACCCUGUUCUAGCAGUUAAUCUAGUUCGCUGCCUUGAAUCAGAACCGAGCGCAGUCAUUAGUAACAACCAUAACAAUGACGAUUCAAACCUCCAAGAAGACUGGAACCUAGGAAUCAAAUAUUCAACUACAGGCAUCUUCCGUCAAGGAUGUGUCAUCGGCUUCUCCAGACUACGGUCAAGAGAGAAAAACAGCGACGAAUACGUUGGCCAGGUAGGCUUCUUCUUCACCAACAUCCAACUUCAUCUCACAAAGUAUCAGAUUCCUCGGUAUCUGCUCACAAAGCACCUACUCCGCAAAGAGCCAUUGCCAGAGACGAGCGCAUUCAUCAUACAUCCAACCAACUUCGGUGCCUUCGCACCCAGAACUCUACUGAGCACAUUGCAAUCCCAAGGUCUUUCAAGGGAUGAUGCAAUCAGACACCUUGAUUCAGUGCAAUUACUUCCUGUGCACAACUUGCCCAGCGCUGUCAGGGCUAUCGGGCAGGUAUCUGCUUCUCUGCAAGGGAUCCAAUCAAAUCCAAUCAGCCACCCUGUCGUUCUCAUUGUUGCUGGUCUUGAUACUCUAGCUGACGGAGUCAUUCGCGCUUCUAGCCCCGUCAAAGGCGCUGCUGUCUUGUCAACUACAUUACGGACUCUAACAAGGAUAUCUAGAGCACAUGCUUCUUUCUUGUCUAUCCUUCUUGUCAAUACUAAUGGACUAGGUUCGGUUCAAUUCGACGAUCAGCCACCGAAGAAUGCUGAUGAUGAUAGACCUUCGCGCGAGGAUGGCAUCAUCACUUCCAUAUUUCAGCCACCCGAUUCUUCGCUCUUGACAAAUCUCCUGAUGAGGACUCUAGAUCACGGCAUUGAUAUACACCUAUUGUUGUCGGAUGUUAGGGCAGACACUGUGGCUGAAGUGAUUAAAGACCGUGUUGGCUCUGGCUUUAGCAAAUGGGGCAUAUGGUCCCAAGCCUAG